AUGGCCAAAGACUCCGUUCACCGUACCAUAGCGCCUCCGCCUCCUCAGCAAAGGGUGUCCCCACCAAGACGACGCAAAGCCACUCGUCGAACAUCGCCACCGCCCACGCUCACGCGUCAGCAAACACUCACCCAACUCGACGGUGGCGUCUCCUUCCUCGAACUGCCAGGCUCUGAAGAAGACACAGAAUGGGCAGAAUCCCGUUCGAGAAAACGAAGAAGGAGGACUCAGGCGACCAAUGCAAAGCGACAGCCGACGUUGACCCAGAUUGGGUAUGUCUCGACCAUACCACCGUCCGAUGAUGAAGGCAUGGAUGAACAUAUGGCCGAGAGGUCCUCAGAUGAGGAGAAUGAAGGAGAUGUGUCUACUACCGCAGAGUCUGAGGCGUCGCUGGAUGAAGACGCUACCGACGUUCGGAGCAAUACCUCCGAUAAGCAAGGCCGGGCGACAGUGCAGAGGUAUACAAGAAGGAUUACUCUCAAGGAUAUCCAGGAAGAAGUAGCGGAAAACAGUUUUGAGGAGCCCAUGAACAAAAUACCCCAAACACCCCAAAAAAUUCGGAAGUUGGAAAUCCCUUCUUCACAGUCACCAGCAAUUACGCCUCUAUCAUCCAUACGCACGCAGCGGAGUUUCGAUAUGAGGUCGCCCUCACAACACCGUUCGACCCGCCGUCCCUCAUUGCCGGACUCACCGUCAAGGUCACGUAAAGGUAACAACCUACAUAACAAUCCUUCAAAUAACUGGAGUCAUGAUAUCCACGCCAGGGAUGCGCUCGAAGUAUCAAGCUCGAUAGCCAAGACCAACGUAAAAAUCCAGAGGAAUAAAUCAUUCAUUCAGGACUCGCUGGACGGCAGCGACUAUGACCCCAGCGAAACCGAGGACGAGGAUACAAGUUUUCCAGGCCACGGCGGUAUCGAUAUCGGCCAAGAGACUCAGGCUGUCAUUCAUAAGAUCGAUCUGGCAUGUGGAGCACAACAUUCAGUGGCGCAAUCUUCAGACAUUGAAUCGGACAACGAAGGUACCGACGACGCUGCUCCUUAUGGUUUUCCCGGACAGGAUUUGGAUAUACAACAAGAGUCGCAGUUGCGCUCAAGCCCCCCGUUUAUGGCAUCCUCAGCGCGUGAGCGCGUCUCAAGCUCGCCACCAGCUCUCCACGCGCGCAUUCAAGACAGCUUCACAAGAGAGAGCACUCCAAAAGCCAUUGGCGGAAACCAAGGGCACCAAAGUGACCAGCGAUUUCAAAAAGUUUCGACGCCCACACGCCAAUCGGGAGUCACUACUCAAGGGCAAACAGCUGCGUCUCGUAGCAAAAACGCUCAUGGCUGGUCGCACUUUCCGCAACCCUCUCAAGCAACCACAACGGCAUCGACAACGCAAGACGGCUCGCCGGCUCGAUCACCGACCAGGCUGCAAUUGUCAUCGUCGCCGUUUCCAAUGGCACCCCCAACGUCAUCCCCUGUUACGAUACAGCAGUCAUACAGACAGCCUAAGCAUCAUCGUGUAGGUGUAGAUAGAGUGGUCACAGCGAGCCAGCUUCUGCCUGAUAGCUUGAUGGACCUAUCUAUUCCCCCACCACCGCGGUGGACACAAGAUGACGAGGAAGAUGGAUAG